AUGUCGCCGGAGAAAGUGGUGGUGGCGGUGGUGUUAGUGGUGGUGGCGGAGAUGGUGCUGGGUGAAGGAGGGAAAAGCCUGACGUGGAAUCUGCAGAGAGCGAGUCACGACGGGGUGGAGCUGAGCCAACUCAGGGACCGUGAUCGGGUCCGACACGGCAGAAUCUUGCAGCAAAAACCUUCUGGAGUCAUCGAUUUUGACGUUGAAGGCACCUAUGAUCCAUUUGUUGUUGGGCUAUACUAUACAAAAGUUCAACUAGGGACUCCUCCAAAAGAAUUCUAUGUGCAGAUAGAUACAGGAAGUGAUGUCUUAUGGAUCGGUUGCAAUUCUUGUAAUGGUUGCCCUACAUCCACUGGACUCCAAAUUAAGCUCGAGUUAUUUGAUCCGUCCAGCUCAUCGACGGCUUCACCCCUCUCAUGCUCCGAUCAAAGGUGUGCUUUGGGAGCACAGACUUCUGAGUCGGGAUGUUCAGCUCAGAAUCAAUGUGGGUACACAUUCCAGUAUGGGGAUGGUAGUGGAACAUCAGGUUAUUAUGUGUCAGAUUUAAUGUAUUUCGACAAGAAUGUUGGGAAUUCUUUAACUUCAAAUUCUUCUGCUCCUGUUAUUUUCGGUUGUAGCACAUCGCAGACGGGGGAUCUUACCAAGUCAGAUAGGGCAGUUGAUGGUAUAUUUGGUUUUGGGCAGCAGGGCUUAUCUUUAAUUUCACAACUAUCUUCAAUCGGUGUCACCCCAAAUGCAUUCUCUCACUGCUUGAAAGGCGGCAACCAUGGUGGUGGUAUAUUGGUGCUUGGUCCGGUCGUUGAGCCAAACAUAGUUUACACUCCACUUGUCCCAUUACAGCCACAUUAUAAUGUAAAUUUGCAGAGUAUCUCUAUUAAAGGCCAGACAUUACCCAUUGAUCCAACAAUUUUUGCAACAUCAGACACCCGAGGUACAAUAAUUGAUUCUGGAACAACUUUGGCAUACCUUGCAGACGAGGCUUAUGAUCCUUUUGUUACCGCAAUUACACAGGCUGUUUCACAAUCUGUCCACCCCGUACUUUCCAAGGGAAACCAGUGUUACGUAAUCACCUCCAGUGUUUCAGAGAUAUUUCCUCCAGUUAAUUUAAACUUUGUGGGUGGUGCAUCAAUGAUUCUCAAGCCUGAGGAUUACCUUGUACAGCAGAACUCUAUUAGUGAUGCUGCAGUAUGGUGCAUGGGCUUUCAGAAAAAUGCAGGACAGGGGAUUACAAUUUUAGGAGAUCUCGUUCUUAAAGAUAAGAUUGUUGUGUAUGAUUUGGCUGGUCAACGGAUUGGAUGGGCAAAUUACGACUGCUCAUUGUCUGUAAAUGUGUCUGAAACUACCAGUACUGGUAAUACCGAACUUUUCAAUACAGCACAACACGACAACAGUUCAAUGGGCACUGAUCGUUGCAAACUGAUGAAGAACAGCAUCCUGGCUUUCUUGUUGCAAAUAGCAAUCUUUUUUGUUUUUACAAUGACACCCAGGGAAUGA